UAUACUAAAAGUUUUAGGGAGCAGGAGAGGAUCUUAGCUCCAAAAUUGGAACUUCAGCCCACAGAACUCUGCUCAUGAGUCUCUCAUGACUGACCCAGUAAAUGCUAACCUACCUGAGGAUGGCAAGGGUUAGGAAUUGGUGGAGCAAUUCACGAGCAGUGGUUCCGAUCUGGGUCAUCUCUGCGAUUUUGUUCUAUUCUUUGUUACAAUUGGCCCUUCGAAAUUCUUCUUCAGAUAAGCCAAUUUCAAAUCAGGAACAAAGGUCAAGACUGUAUGAUAAGAUGUCAAGGGAUUUAGAUGAGCAUGGGGCAGCUUUUCUUAAGCAUGGAGAAACUUCUCAGUCAUUAUCACUUUCAGAUCUCUUCACUAUGAAGGAUGGAUCUGUAACACCUAACCUUAAGGCUGCCAUUCCUCCUGUGCGAGCUAAUGUUUUGUAUCUCAGUCCACAGUAUUCAAUUCCUAUCUCGAAAGCUGUAAGGAGUAUAUUUCUUCCGCACUUUGACAAAAUGAUCUGGUUUCAGAACUCUACUAUGUACCAUUUUAGCAUGUUCCAUGCAUCACACCAUAUUACACCAGUUCCUGCAACUGAAGAGGAGAUUGAAGCUGAAGCAAAUGCUGUCAAAGCUGUUGCAGAGGGUCUCUGCCCAUUAAAAAUUGUCUUAGACAGGGUGGUUUUGACUUCAACAGGUGUGCUUCUGGGGUGCUGGCAGGUUAUCUCUGGAAUGGAUCCUAUAACUAUUCGUGCUAAAUUGAGAACUGUUCUUCCUCGUGCCCCAGAAAAACAACUUUAUGAUGCUGCUAUUCUUCAUACAUCAUUCGCUAGGCUUCUCGGUCAGCCCAAUGCUUCACUUGAGGAGGCAGAUAAAACUUCAGAGCUACAAUUUUUCCACGACCUAGUCACACAACUAAACAACCAAAUCCAUGGGUUUCAGAGAAUCUUGUGUCUCAUCAGUUUCUUCUUUUUUUGGGUGAAUUUGUUAAGGCAACUGUUACUGAGCUAUGGUAUGUAGAGGAAUUAGAUGUUUUGGCACUCGCAUUGGAUGGAAGAAUGAAGGUUCACAAGUUCCAACUUGGCUGCUCAAAAACCUGACAAUUCCAAAGCUUACAAAUAUACGACCAGAAGUUGGUUUCUCAUCAAGAUGGGCUUUUUUCGCUUCAUUUUCUGCUAUUGCAAAUGCUGAUUACUAAUCAAUGGUCAGAUGAGUAAACAUUCUUGUAUGUAACCUCUAUAUUUUUUUCUUCUGUAUUUACCACGCUUCACCAUAUACAACGAGCACUGUGAUAGAAUUCCAGGAUUGCCCACGAAGUUGUCUACAUAUUCUUCUUAUCAUUUGUAUGUAAUUUCAUGUUACAUUAUUGUAGGUUAGUACUUGAGAGAUUAUUUUAUUAUUCAUGUUAAUAACACAGAUUAUGAGAAUUUAUAUCUAUUUCAGCCUUUGAGCAUUUGUUUUUCUUAA